UCCGGUGUCCACUCUGUCCAGUAAGAUAUUAUCAGCAUUUCAGAUAUUUGUUUUAUUUAGUAUAUAGUGGUACUAAAUUUUUUAUGCUAAUCUUCCGGUUAUAGGCAGCAAGUUAACGUUGAGCCAAAGAAAGCGGUUAUUCUUCUGUUCCCAAUCCCUCAAACCCAUAUCGAGAGAAAGAGAGAGCGAGGCUUUGCGCAUUUCAAACAAACAAAAAUAAAAAGAAAAAAGAGAAAGAAAAUGUCUGCAAAGCUAUCGACCUGCUUCUUUAACCAUGGCUUUAUCAGUUUGAACUACAAUAAUAAUAAUAAUAAAAAUGUUAUUAGUUAUAAGAAGCAUGUAAAUUUGAGGUUACUGUUCGUGCCUUCUCGUCGCUUACUCCCAGCUUCAUGUAAAAUGCGGCAAAAGAAUUUCAGUUCUCAAAAUAAGAGACCACAAGGGAAGAAACUUCCUUCUGAGCAGAUUCCAACAAGUGCAAAGUUGCAGCCGAAUAGCGAUGAGGAAUCUGUACCUGAAAAUUCUGUCCCAAAUAGUGUAGAUAUGGAGCAUAUAGUACAAAAUGAAACUCUUUAUGAAGAUGAUGUUAAUACUAGGGUAGAUGUGGAGUAUAUCAAUGAACAGAAUUUGGGCACUCUAUCUGUGUCUGCCAUUGAGACUAACAGAGAUGUAGAGCAUACGGAUGGACAGAAUCUGGACAGUUUAACACUGCCUGCUGUAACAAAAGCUUUGGCCAUAAACAGAGAUGGUGGAGAGCAGCUCUCAGGAGUUCUUCUAGAGGACCUGAUAGGCAUGAUAAAAAAUGCAGAGAGAAAUAUCCUUCUUCUCAAUCAAGCUCGGGUUCAUGCACUAGAAGAUCUUCAUAAAAUUCUCAGUGAGAAGGAGUCACUACAAGGAGAAAUUAACAUUUUGGAGAUGAGAUUGGCAGAAGCUGAUGCUCGGAUUAAAGUUGCUUCCCAAGAAAAGAUACAUGUGGAGCUCCUAGAAGAUCAGCUGGAGAAGUUGCGAAAUGAGUUGAUUCACAGGGGUGGUUCUGGGAAAAGUGAGCUUGAAUUGUAUGAGAAUCAAAACAAAAUUUCAAAAGAAGAAAUGCUUUUAGCACGUGAUCGUCAUGUUCAUUCUCUUAGCAAGGAGGUUGAUUCUUUGAGGACAGAGAAUCUAGCCCUAAAACAUGAUAUCCAAGCGCUCAAGUCUAUGCUUAGUAAUGUCAAGGACACUAAUGAACACAUGGUAACUCUUGAAAAUGAACGCUCUUUUCUAGAGUCUGCUUUGAAGGAGUUGGAGUCUAAACUGUCUGUUUCUCAGCAAGACUCUUCAAAUAUUUCUGCUCUAAAGGUUGAAUGCAAGGACCUAUGGGCAAAGGUAGAAAAUUUGCAACUCUUGCUGGAUAAGGCAACUAAACAGGCUGACCAAGCCAUUUCAGUGUUACAGCAAAACCAUGAUCUCCGAAAGAAGGUUGAUAAAUUGGAAGAAUCUCUUGAAGACGCUAAUGUCUUUAAAUUGUCAUCUGAGAAAAUACAACACUAUAAUGAACUCAUGCAGCAAAAGAUGAAACUACUAGAAGAGCGUCUUCAAAAGUCUGAUCAAGAGAUACAUUCAUAUGUCCAAUUAUAUCAAGAGUCUGUGCAGGAAUUUCAAGAAACCCUUGAUAGUUUGAAAGAAGAAAGCAAGAAAAGGGCAUUAGAUGAGCCAGUUGAUGAUAUGCCUUGGGAAUUUUGGAGCCAUUUAUUGCUUACUAUUGAUGGUUGGGUGCUUGAGAAGAAAAUAUCAAGCAGUGAUGCAAAUCUGUUGAGAGAAUUUGUGCAGAAGAGGGAUCGACGCAUUCAUGAUGCAUUCAUGGCAUGCAAAGAAAAGAAUGAGCGUGAAGUUAUAUCUAAAUUCCUCCACCUGACAUCAUCCCAAGCAAGUCCAGGGUUGUAUGUCAUUCACAUUGCUGCUGAGAUGGCACCAGUUGCUAAGGUCGGUGGUUUGGGAGAUGUUGUGACUGGUCUUGGUAAAGCACUGCAGAAGAAAGGACAUCUUGUGGAGAUUGUUCUUCCAAAAUAUGAUUGUAUGCAAUACGACCGUAUUCGUGACUUGAGGGCCUUAGAUGUGACCGUAGAGUCAUAUUUUGAUGGCAAACUAUUUCAAAAUAAAGUUUGGGUUGGCACAGUUGAAGGUCUUCCUGUUUAUUUUAUUGAGCCGCAUCAUCCCAACAAGUUCUUUUGGAGAGGACAAUGUUACGGGGAGCAUGAUGAUUUCAAACGUUUUUCAUUUUUCAGUCGUGCAGCACUUGAGUUGCUUUUUCAAGCUGGCAAGAAACCAGACAUAAUUCAUUGCCAUGACUGGCAGACAGCCUUUGUUGCACCACUUUAUUGGGACUUGUAUGCUCCGAAAGGAUUGAAUUCAGCUCGAAUAUGUUUUACAUGCCAUAAUUUUGAGUACCAAGGGAGUGCAUCUGCUUCAGAAUUGGCAUCAUGUGGCCUGGAUGUCCAACAGCUAAACAGACCUGAUAGAAUGCAGGAUAACUCAGCAAAUGAUAGGGUCAAUCCUGUUAAGGGUGCAAUUGUGUUCUCUAACAUAGUGACAACAGUAUCGCCCACUUAUGCACAAGAGGUCCGAACUGCUGAGGGAGGAAGGGGCCUCCAUUCAACACUUAAUUUUCACUCAAAAAAGUUCAUGGGAAUCUUAAAUGGCAUCGAUACUGAUGCAUGGAAUCCUGCCACGGAUACUUUUCUCAAAGUGCAGUAUAGCGCUAAUGAUCUGCAAGGGAAAGCUGAAAAUAAAGCUGCUAUGAGAAGGCAUCUAGGGCUUUCAUCUGCAGAUGAUCGACAGCCAUUGGUUGGCAGCAUAACAAGAUUGGUGCCACAGAAGGGCAUGCAUCUAAUUAGGCAUGCCAUUUAUCGAACACUGGAGAUGGGUGGUCAGUUUGUACUUCUUGGUUCAAGUCCAGUUGCCCACAUUCAGAGGGAAUUUGAGGGUAUUGCAAACCAAUUUCAAAAUCAUGAUCACAUUCGGCUAAUAUUGAAAUAUGAUGAGUCUCUUUCGCAUUACAUUUACGCAGCAUCUGACAUGUUCAUCAUUCCAUCUAUUUUUGAGCCUUGUGGCCUUACACAGAUGAUAGCAAUGAGAUAUGGUUCUGUACCCAUUGCAAGACAAACUGGUGGUCUAAAGGACAGUGUUUUUGAUGUUGAUGACGACACAAUACCUCACCAAUUUCAAAAUGGAUUUACAUUUAUGACUCCUGAUGAACAGGGAGUAAACAGUGCCUUGGAGCGUGCAUUUAAUCUCUACAAAAAUGACAAGGCGAGUUGGCAACGACUUGUUCAAAAGGACAUGAAUAUAGAUUUCAGCUGGGAUUCUUCAGCAUCACAAUAUGAGGAACUUUAUGCAAAAUCUGUUGCCCGAGCCAGGGCAGCAGCAAGUCACACUUAAGCUCCAGUGCGAAAGUUUUUCAUUCGAGCAAGUCUGGAUUUGUUGACAUUGGACUGAGUUUGUCCAUAUACCUACAGCUCACAGUUCAAGAUUACAUAUACUUAUAGUUGAAGAUUUCACUAGGGUUAGAGCUGCAUUGGUGAACUCAGUACUCACUGCACCUUUCUCCCAAUUCUUUUAAUAGUUACAUUUAGUCACACCAUUCAAAUUGUUGAUAAAGCUUUAGGAAUAUUAGGUGUUUUUCUCCCUUCACCCUCCUCAGAAUGACUUCGUUGUACAACUCAUCCUUUCCUACAUAUACGAUAUAUAUCUUACACGGUAUUAUUUAAUUGAUCAGUGUAACAUAAUGUCUCCUUCUCAAAUACAAAGUACAGAUGACUGGGAAGUACAUUCGGAAAUUUAACCUUUUUCCCUAUCAAA